CCACAGGUGGGCGGGGUCGGUAGGGGGCGUGGCCUACUCGCGGCGGCCAAUCAGCGGCCCCCGCGGCCACAGUUCCAGCGGGCUUGAUACUCCCGACGGCGGCGGCCGGGCCCCGGGCACCGGCUGCGAGCUGCUUUUAGAAGGAAGAAAGAUGGAAAGUGGAGCGGUGCUGCUGGAGUCCAAGUCCUCACCACUGAACCUCCUGCAUGAAAUGCAUGAGCUCCGCCUUCUGGGCCACCUGUGUGACGUCACGGUCAGUGUGGAGUAUCAGGGUGUCCGUGAAGACUUCAUGGCCCAUAAAGCAGUGCUGGCGGCCACCAGCAAGUUUUUUAAAGAGGUGUUCUUAAAUGAGAAGAGUGUGGAUGGCACCAGGACUAAUGUCUACUUAAAUGAAGUACAGGUUGUUGACUUUGCCUCAUUUCUGGAGUUUGUCUACACUGCCAGGGUGCGGGUAGAAGAAGAUCGGGUGCAGCGGAUGCUGGAAACGGCUGAAAAGCUAAAGUGUUUGGACCUAUCUGAAACGUGCUUUCAGCUGAAGAAACAGAUGCUGGAGUCAGUCCUAUUGGAAUUGCAGAAUUUCUCAGAGUCUCAGGAGGUGGAGGCCAGCAGUGACCCCCAGGUCGGUGUGGCCCCAGGCUCUGGAGCAGGUGUACCGGAGGAGGGUGCUCACCCCAUUGGCCUCAUAGAUUCCUCUGACUACUCAGUAGACAGAAUUGGCAAUGGCCUCCCAGCAGAGAUACCACCCAAGAAAUGCAAGGAGAAACUGGACAAGAAGAAAGAGGUGGCUAAGCCUCCAUACCCCAAGAUCAGAAGAGCUAGCGGGAGGCUGGCUGGAAGAAAGGUGUUUGUGGAAAUCCCUAAAAAGAAAUACACAAGAAGACUCCGAGAACAGCAAAGCCGCGCUGAGGAUGCGGAGGGGGACUACUGUCCCCAAGACCAGAGCCCAGACAGUGAGGGGAUGGAGAUGGAGCCAGAUGCAAAAAGCCAGGCUUGCCAUGCUGACGUGCAGCUGGAGGAAUCUUUGCAGAAAGUGGAGGGGGCAGGGGAGGGAGAAGAGGAGGAAGAGGAAGAAAGGGAGGAAGGAGACGAUGGGGAGAGGAAGAAGAGCAAUUUUCAGUGCUCCGUCUGUGAGAAGGCCUUCCUGUACGAGAAGAGCUUCCUGAAGCACAUCAGGCACCACCAUGGUGUGGCCACGGAAGUGGUGUACCGCUGCGACACCUGCGGCCAGACCUUCGCCAACCGCUGCAACCUGAAGAGCCACCAGCGCCACGUGCACAGCAGCGAGCGCCACUUCCCCUGCGAGCUCUGCGGGAAGAAGUUCAAGCGCAAGAAGGACGUGAAGCGGCACGUGGUGCAGGUGCACGAGGGUGGCGGUGAGCGGCAUCGCUGCGGCCAGUGUGGCAAGGGCCUGAGCUCCAAGACAGCGUUGCGGCUGCACGAGCGCACGCACACGGGCGACAGGCCUUACAGCUGCACGGAGUGUGGCGCCAAGUUCUCACAACCCUCGGCGCUCAAGACCCACAUGAGAAUUCAUACAGGGGAAAAACCUUUUGUCUGUGAUGAAUGUGGUGCAAGAUUCACUCAGAACCACAUGCUGAUUUAUCAUAAAAGGUGCCACACAGGUGAAAGGCCUUUCAUGUGUGAGACAUGUGGCAAGAGUUUUGCUUCUAAAGAGUAUUUAAAACACCAUAAUAGAAUCCAUACUGGAUCUAAACCCUUUAAAUGUGAAGUGUGUUUCAGGACUUUUGCCCAGCGAAAUUCCCUUUACCAGCAUAUUAAAGUCCACACAGGUGAGCGGCCCUAUUGUUGUGACCAGUGUGGGAAACAGUUCACGCAGCUAAAUGCCCUCCAGCGUCACCAUCGCAUCCACACAGGAGAGAAGCCAUUCAUGUGCAAUGCGUGUGGACGGACGUUUACUGAUAAGUCCACUCUCCGUCGGCACACCUCAAUACACGAUAAGAAUACUCCAUGGAAGUCUUUCCUUGUUAUUGUAGAUGGCUCACCCAAGAAUGAUGAAGGCCACAAGACAGAACAGCCUGACGAAGAAUAUGCAUCACCCAAACUUGCAGACAAAUUGCUGUCUUUUGCUGAAAAUAGCCAUUUUCACAACCUGGCCGAAGUCCAAGGCAGUGUGCCUGCUGUGCAGAAUUGUUCUAGAGACACCGCCUGCAAAGCGGACGACUCUGUGGUGUCUCAGGACCCUCUGCUCACCACCACCAUGAGUGAGCUCACUGAGCUGACUCCGCAGCCAGGCUCCAUGCCUGCACAGCUCCCCUCUUUGACCAACAUGGAGUGAAAGCUUGAAAUUGAAGACAUGCCAAGCAGUCUGUGUGAUUGCUGUAUUCCAGUCGACACCAGGGGCUGAGGAAAUAAUUGACUGUGCAAAGAUGUGGGCAAGAGUGGCCUCGCAGAUUUCCCAAAAUUUCUACAACCUUGCACGUCCUUAUCACAUUUUUAAAGCUUUCCCUUAAAAAUUCUGAUCUGCAUGAUCUCUGCUAUAUUUCAUCAUCAAACGUGGCAGUUAACAUAAGCUCACUUAACCCUGGUGUGGCUGUAUGUGCUAAUCACGCUAAUGCUUGGUUCUCUCGAUGGCUAAACCACUGCUUGUCUUACUUGUGGGGUGCAAGUGCUGUCUGUGGUCUUCCUGGUCUCGCCCAGCCUUACACUUCCAUGUGUGUUUACUUCAUGAAUCCUUAGAGGGUAUUUUUCUACAAAGCUGAAACAGAACUGGGGCCACUCAUUUUCAGCUCAGUUUCUUAGUUAAAACCAGAUCAGAUUUGCUCUGGGGACCCUUCAGUGGGCCUGAAGAAAUGGAUUAUUAUAUUUGUUCCUCCCUAACUCCCUAAUGUAGACACGAAAAGAGGAAUGCUACGGGGUCUGUCAGAAAACCAGCCUGUGAUGUGUAAUGUGUGUUCAGUUUCAUUCCCUAAAUCAGAUUAGGUAAAAGCUGUCCUACCAAAGAGUCUUAGAAACAGUGAAGUAUUUUUUGCAGGAGUGUGAGAAAUGAACGAGCUUCAGAGCACCAGGCUAAGGGCAUUUUUCACAAACAGCCAAAUGAGAUGAUUGUGGCAAAUCGCACUAGUAUUUUUGCUAGGAUUUUCUUUGAUUUCUAUAAUACCCAGAGUCCCAGAAGUCCCUAUUUCCAUACUAGGAAGUUGACACAGACUUUAGUACUUGCCACAAGCUGCCUCCCUGGGCGUAAGAAAGAAUCUGGAUGGGACCAGAAGCCCUGGCAUGCUCGACUCCUAACUAUGCCUUAACAAGUGGAUCAUAAAGAACCAGUGAUGUUGUCUUAAAUGUUCCUUUGGCUGUCUCAUGCUGAUUUAAUUACUGCUUAAAAAACUUCAUUAUGAAGAAUGGACUUUGUUGCAUUUGCUAUUUCUGAUGUAUAGUUGCAGGCCUUGGGCAUAUGGCCCUGUGCUUGUGAGAUGCUUCAAUUCACAUGUAACUCUUCAUCAUUAAUUUUGAAAGAGCGCCUUAAAGGAAGAAUCUUUUGUUUGCUAGUUGCCCCACCCCCUAUUUUUAAUUUAUUAAAAUUGCUGUGAGAACACUGAUUUUCUGAGGGAAUACCUUAUCCCUGAGUUCCAGGGUGAAGACGUAGCUGCACUAUGACAGAAACUGUUUCCUUGCCGGUGCCCACAUGGCAACUUCUGACACCUUCACAUGACAAGACUGGUGAAGCCUCCAUAAAUCAAGCUGAUGAUUUCACACCUGCUCUGGAAGGUCACAGGACUGAAUUACUUCAAAUUCACUUAUGACCUUGCUGUUGUAUCCUAGUUGUGUUUACAGAACAAACAAACCCCUAGUGUCUGUCAUAUGACCACUUUAACUGGUAAGAAUGAACAUGCCCAGAGGAUGGACGUACUGUGUUAUGGAAUAAAGUCAUCUUGAUGAGAAGGAAUUUAAACAAUAGAUUAUUUUGUUACUUACUGGAAUAAUUGUCUUGAAUUUGUUUCUUUAGAAAUUCUAAAUAAAGUUGUUUAAUGUG